ACAGUACCCUUUCGUUAGCUUGUUAUCUCAGCUGAUAAUUAAUAUGGUAAACAAUAAUAAUAAUUAUGAUUUGAAUCCAACAGUCUGUCAAGGUCAAUAGGCUUGGAAUUUUGAUGAGUUUAAUUUACUCUAAGGUUUGAUUAAAAUAACAUGGCUAACACGACAAUUUUGUAUGGAUACUGGUUGUCGUCUUGUACAUGGCGAGUGCGAGCUGCGAUGAAUCUGAAGAAAAUGACAUUUGAAGAACGGUCAAUAGACAUCGUGCGAGAAAAGGCACAACUAACCGAGCAGUUCCGAGCGAUUAAUCCAUCCCAAAAAGUUCCUGCUCUAUUUGUUGAUGGUGCUACAAUCGUGGAGUCUAUGGCAAUAAUUGACUAUCUAGAUGACACACGCCCCGAUCCACCCUUGAAACCCAGUACACCAUUACAAAGAGCCCGCAUGCAAGAAAUCUGUGAGACUGUUGUUUCCGGUAUCCAGCCUCUCCAAAAUAUUGGAUUAAAACGCUAUUUCGAGACCGAAGACAAGUACACGGUAUUCACAAAACACUGGACUGAGCGUGGGCUUCAAAGCCUUGAGGAACUUUUUAAAAAUUCCGCUGGGGCUUAUAGUGUUGGGGACCAAAUGACUAAGGCUGAUCUUUGCUUGGUCCCACAAGUGUAUAAUGCAGUUACAAGGCACAAAUUGGAUCUUGGCAAAUAUCCGAUACUCUCCAAAUUGUAUGAAAAACUAUUAAAAGAAGAAAGUUUCAGGAAAACGCACCCAAUGAUAGUUAGGGGCCAGAAGUAUACGUUACCAAAUUUGUAAUAAUGUCAUAAAUAUUUGUUACUUAUAAGCAAUAUUUUUGUUUAUUUUUAAAUGUGUUGUACUGUUAAAAGUGAAUUAUAUAAUUUGUGUUAG